AUGGGUCGCUGGGACGUCCAGUGGUCGGACAUGAAGGGCUCAGUCUCCGAGGCCAUCUUCAUGCUUGGACUGGAACGCAAUAGUGACCUCAUCCGAGAUGUUGCGUUCGCACCCUUGAUCAGUCUUGUCGAUCAUCAGCAAUGGGCUCCCAAUCUGAAUCCGUUCAAACAAGCCCCUGACGCUAGAGUUUACACCUCCAACUACUGGGUACAGCAGCUCUUCGCGCAAAACGCCGGAUCCAUGACACAUGAGAUAAUCUCUGAUACUAGAUUUGAUUCGGUCUUUUGGAGUGCUCAUCUAGAUAUCGAGAUUGCAGGAAAAAGGUUCGUGACGCUGUCAAUUCUGGGCCACGACAACCCCGAUAGUGCCAACACCCACGAUGCAGCCCCUAUCUCGCUCCCAGUUGUCUUUUACAUUGAGUCGUCCGAUGGCAACUUUAGCUUCCUCUUGCCUGUAUGGUCCGUUGCGGUUCUUAGGACUGACUGA